AUGGUCCCUACGACAGCGCCGAACGGCGCCUAUACGUUCCUCAAGGAGAAGGAGGAACUCGCGACGCUCGUCGACAAGUACGACAACUUUCUGUUUGACUGCGACGGCGUGCUCUGGUCGGGCACGGAAGCGCUGCCGGGCGUCGUGUCGGUCCUGCAAAAGUUGCGCAAGCUGGGCAAGCGCGUCUUGUUUGUGACUAACAAUGCGAGCAAGAGCCGCAGGCUGCUGCUCGAGCGCUUCGAGUCUCUAGGCAUCCAGGCGUCGCAGGACGAGGUGUUCUCGUCGGCGUACGCCUCGGCGCUCUACCUCAAAGACGUGCUCAACUUCCCGACCGACCGCAAGGUGUUUGUCAUCGGCAUGGGCGGCCUCGAGGAGGAGCUCGACGCGGUGGGCGUGCAGCACGUUGGCGGAACGGAUGGGAGCGACAUUGCGAUCCAGGGCACCGACUUCUCGCCGCUGCUCGCCGAAGGCGUGCUGGACCACAGCGUCGGCGCGGUGCUGUGCGGCAUCGACACGCAGCUCACAUAUGUCAAGAUGGCCAAGGCGUUCAAGUACAUUACGCGCCCGAACGCGACCGACGACGUCCAGGCCGGCCAGACUGGAGGCGGGUGCCACUUUCUGUGCACGAACGACGACACGACCUUUCCUACGAAAGAGGGGCCCUGGCCGGGCGCAGGCUCGGUCUGGGCGGGUAUUCGCGACGCAUCGAAGCGCACGCCGACAGUCAUCGGCAAGCCAAACCAGCCGAUGAUCGACACCAUCUUUGCCAGCCGGCACUUUGACAAGUCGCGCACCGUCAUGGUCGGCGACCGCCUCAAUACCGACAUUGCAUUUGGCCGCAACGGCGGCGUCGACACGCUGCUCGUCCUCACCGGUAUCUCGACCGAGGCCGACGUCCAGGCCAGCGACGCGCCAGCCGUGCCGACCUACAUCAUCCAGGGCCUCGGCGCGCUGGACGUACUCUCGCCGUAG